CUCAGGUGCUGAGUGAGAGGAACGCGAGCGCUCGGCGGAGUCUGAGACUCGGCAGGGUGGAGAAGUGCAGACAUUUCACCGAGGGGAAGACUGCGACCACAGAGACCGCUGCAGCAGGAGGGGGGCCUCGGUAGCCUCGGCGCCGGCAGCCGCAACUGCCAGGGAGGCAGACCCAGUCCGAGAACCCCUCGCUGGCUGGAGAGCUGGGGGCUAGGCGGGGCGCUGACGUCACCUCCCCUCCCCCAGUUCCUCCAAGAGGGAGGGAGUGGGGAAAAGAGGCUGCGAUCCGCCGCAGCUCCCGGCCGCAACUCCUCAACUAGGCGGCUGGCUGCCUGGACAUGUCCUGACAAACUUGGCUUCUCUCCGACCCUCUCCAGCGCUCGCGCAUUCUCUUUUCGCCUCCUUUUGGUGCUCAAGUUUCCCCCUGGUCGGAAGCCUCUGGAGAUGCGGCCACCUGGGUCCCAGCAGCGUGGGCGGAUCGCACUCUGGUUGGGGAUAUGCUGAAGAUCCAAGAGAGGCAAAGUUGGUACUUCAAACACGAUCCUUAACAAAUAUCCACACCGCGUGCGAAUUACCCAACUGCCAGGGAGUGCAAAGCGGAGCACCGAGGACUGGACUAGAGUGGUUUCUGAGAGUUAAACAAUGGGGAGACAUUUGACUUUGCUUCUGCUUCUGCUUCUACUUCUCCAGCAUUUUGGAGACAGUGAUGGAAGCCAAAGACUUGAACAUCCUCCUCCUAUACAGUUUACACAUUUCCAGUACAAUGUCACUGUGCAUGAGAAUUCUGCAGCUAAAACCUACGUUGGGCAUCCUGUAAAGAUGGGUAUUUACAUUACAAAUCCACUGUGGGAAUUAAGGUACAAAAUUGUCUCAGGAGACAACGAAAACCUGUUCAAAGCUGAAGAGUACAUUCUUGGAGACUUUUGCUUUCUAAGAAUAAGGACCAAAGGAGGAAAUACAGCUAUUCUUAAUAGAGAAGUAAAAGACCAUUACACGUUGAUAGUCAAAGCAGUUGAAAAAAACACGAAUGCUGAAGCACGAACAAAGGUCCGGGUGCAAGUUCUGGAUACAAAUGACUUGAGACCAUUAUUCUCCCCCACCUCAUACAGUGUUUCCCUACCUGAAAAUACAGCUAUAAGGACCAGUAUUGCACGAGUCAGUGCCACAGAUGCAGACAUAGGAACCAAUGGAGAAUUUUACUACAGUUUUAAAGACCGAACUGACAUGUUUGCUAUCCACCCAACCAGUGGCACAGUAGUUUUAACUGGUAGACUUGAUUACAUAGAGACUCAGCUCUAUGAGCUGGAGAUCCUUGCUGUGGACCGUGGAAUGAAGUUGUAUGGGAGCAGUGGUAUCAGCAGCAUGGCCAAGUUAACAGUUCAUGUGGAACAGGCCAAUGAAUGUGCUCCUGUGAUAACAGCGGUGACGUUAUCACCAUCAGAACUGGACAGGGACCCAACAUAUGCAAUUGUAACUGUGGAUGACUGCGAUCAGGGUGCCAAUGGGGAAAUUGCUUCUUUAAGCAUUGUGGCAGGUGACCUUCUUCAACAGUUUAGAACAGUGAGAUCCUUUCCAGGAAGUAAAGAGUAUAAAAUCAAAGCUAUUAAUGGCAUUGAUUGGGACAGUCAUCCUUCUGGCUACAAUCUGACCCUACAGGCUAAAGAUAAAGGAACUCCUCCCCAGUUCUCUUCAGUAAAAGUAAUUCAUGUGACUUCUCCACAGUUCAAAGCUGGACCGAUCAGGUUUGAAAAGGAUAUUUACAGAGCAGAAAUAAGUGAAUUUGCUCCUCCCAAUACACCUGUGGUCAUGGUAAAAGCCAGUCCUAGUUCUCCCCAUUUGAAGUAUGUUUUUAAAAGUACACCUGGAAAAGCUAAAUUCAGUUUAAAUCAUAACACUGGUCUCAUUUCCAUUUUAGAACCAAUUAAGAGACAGCAGACAUCCCAUUUUGAACUUGAAGUAACAACAAGUGACAGAAAAGCCUCCACUAAAGUCUUGGUUAAAGUCUUAGGUACAAAUAGCAAUCCCCCCGAGUUUACCCAGACAGCAUACAAAGCAUCCUUUGAUGAGAAUGCACCCACUGGUACUACUGUCAUGAGUGUGAGCGCUGUAGACCCUGAUGAGGGUGAGAAUGGAUACGUGACUUACAGCAUUGCAAAUUUAAAUCACGUGCCAUUUGUGAUUGAUCAUUUUACUGGUGCUGUGAGUACUUCAGAAAACCUGGACUAUGAACUGAUGCCUCGGGUUUACACCUUAAGAAUUCGAGCAUCAGAUUGGGGCUUGCCAUACCGCCGGGAAGUUGAAGUCCUUGCUACGAUUACUCUCAAUAACUUGAAUGACAACACACCUUUGUUUGAGAAAAUUAAUUGUGAAGGAACAAUUCCCAGAGAUCUAGGUGUAGGGGAGCAAAUAACUACUGUGUCUGCUAUAGAUGCUGAUGAACUUCAGUUGGUACGGUAUCAGAUUGAAGCUGGGAAUGAACUAGAUUUGUUUGACUUAAACCCCAACUCUGGGGUGUUGUCAUUAAAGCAGUCACUAAUGGAUGGCUUAGGUGCAAAGGUGUCUUUUCACAGUUUGAGAAUUACAGCUACAGAUGGAGAAAAUUUUGCCACCCCAUUAUAUAUCAACAUAACUGUGGCAGCCAGUCGCAAGCCAGUAAACUUGCAGUGUGAAGAGACUGGUGUUGCCAAAAUGCUGGCAGAGAAACUCCUGCAGGCAAAUAAAUUGCACAAUCAGGGGGAGGUGGAGGAUAUUUUCUUUGAUUCUCACUCUGUCAAUGCUCAUGUCCCGCAGUUUAGGAGUACUCUUCCAACUGGUAUUGAGGUAAAGGAGAACCGUCCUGUGGGUUCCAGUAUAAUUUUCAUGAAUGCUACUGACCUUGACUCUGGCUUCAACGGAAAACUGGUAUAUGCUAUUUCUGGAGGAAAUGAGGAUAGUUGCUUCAUUAUUGACAUGGAAACGGGAAUGCUGAAAAUUUUAUCUCCCCUUGAUCGUGAAACAACAGACAGAUACACAUUGAACAUUACUGUAUAUGACCUUGGUAUACCACAGAAGGCAGCUUGGCAUCUUUUAGAUAUCACUGUUCUGGAUGCCAAUGAUAAUCCACCUGAAUUUUUACAGGAGAGCUAUUUUGUUGAAGUGAGUGAAGACAAGGAAAUAAAUAGUGAAAUCAUCCAGGUUGAAGCCACUGAUAAAGAUCUGGGCCUCAAUGGACAUGUGACAUACUCUAUUCUUACAGAUACUGAUAGGUUUUCAAUUGACAGCACAACUGGUGUUGUUAAAAUUAUGCACCCUUUGGAUCGUGAAAUACAGCAUGUGCAUUACUUAAAGAUUGAAGCCAGGGAUCAAGCCAAAGAAGAGCCCCAGUUGUUUUCCACUGUGCUUUUGAAAGUCUCACUAGAAGAUAUUAAUGACAACCCACCUAAGUUUAUUCCACCUAAUUACCGUGUGAAAGUUCGAGAGGAUCUGCCAGAAGGAACAAUAAUCAUGUGGUUAGAAGCCUAUGAUCCUGAUUUAGGUCAGUCUAGUCAAGUGAGAUACAGUCUUAUGGACCAUGGAGAAGGAAACUUUGAUGUGGAUAAACUCAGUGGAGCAGUUAGAAUUGUACAACAGUUGGACUUUGAGAAGAAGCAAGUGUACAAUCUCACUGUGAGGGCCAAAGACAAAGGGAAGCCAGUUUCUCUGUCUUCUACUUGCUAUGUGGAAAUUGAGGUAAUUGAUGUGAAUGAGAACUUACAUCCUCCAGUGUUUUCCAGUUUUGUGGAAAAGGGUGUAGUGAAAGAAGAUGUCCCUAUUGGCUCAUCAGUAAUGACAGUGUCAGCUCAUGAUGAGGACACAGGAAGAGAUGGGGAGAUCCGAUAUUCCAUUAGAGAUGGUUCUGGUGUUGGUGUUUUCAAGAUAGAUGAAGAAACAGGUGUCAUAGAGACUUCAGAUCGAUUGGACCGUGAAUCAACCUCCCAUUACUGGCUAACAGUCUAUGCAACUGAUCAGGGCGUGGUGCCUCUUUCAUCAUUCAUAGAGAUCUACAUAGAGGUGGAGGAUGUCAAUGACAAUGCACCACAGACAUCAGAGCCUGUCUAUUACCCAGAAAUAAUGGAAAAUUCUCCCAAGGAUAUACCCGUGGUCCAAAUUGAGGCAUUUGAUCCAGACUCUAGCUCUGAUGACAAGCUAAUGUACAAAAUUACAAGUGGAAAUCCACAAGGAUUCUUUGCAAUUCAUCCUAAAACCGGCCUUAUCACAACAACAUCAAGAAAACUAGACCGAGAACAGCAAGAUGAACACAUAUUAGAAGUUACUGUGACCGACAAUGGUACUCCCCCUAGAUCAACCAUUGCAAGAGUAAUUGUGAAAAUCCUUGAUGAAAAUGACAACAAGCCUCAGUUCCUGCAGAAGUUCUACAAAAUCAGACUCCCAGAACGGGAAAAACCAGAAAGAAACUCCAAACGAGAGCCUCUAUAUCGUGUUGUAGCUACAGAUAAAGAUGAAGGUCCCAACGCAGAAAUCUCCUACAGCAUCGAGGAUGGAAAUGAGCUUGGCAAAUUUUUUAUUGAACCCAAAACUGGAAUGGUUUCAUCCAAAAAGUUCUCUGCAGCUGGAGAAUAUGAUAUUCUUUCAAUUAAGGCAGUCGAUAAUGGUCGCCCUCAAAAGUCAUCAACUACUAGACUUCAUAUUGAAUGGAUCUCCAAACCCAAACCGUCCCUGGAGCCCAUUUCAUUUGAAGAACCCUUUUUUACCUUCACUGUAAUGGAAAGUGAUCCAGUUGCUCAUAUGAUUGGAAUGCUAUCUGUUGAGCCUGCAGGCAUUCCCCUUUGGUUUGAUAUCAUUGGAGAUACACUUGCUAGAGAAGUUUUUUACAUCUUUCAGAUGACUUGUGACCUGAACUGUACAGCAGAAGGUGGCAACUAUGACAGUCACUUUGAUGUUGACAAGGGAUCUGGAACCAUCAUUGUUGCCAAACCUCUUGAUGCAGAACAAAAAUCAAACUAUAAUUUGACAGUUGAGGCCACGGAUGGAACAAGCAUCAUCCAUACUCAGGUUUUCAUCAAAGUAAUAGAUACAAAUGACCAUCGUCCCCAGUUUUCUACAUCAAAAUAUGAAGUUGUUAUUCCUGAAGAUACAGUGCCAGAAACAGAAAUUUUGCAAAUCAGUGCUGUGGAUAAGGAUGAGAAAAAUAAACUAAUCUAUACUCUGCAGAGUAGUAUAGACCCACUGAGUCUCAAGAAAUUUCGUCUUGAUCCUGCAACUGGCGCUCUCUGUACCUCUGAAAAACUGGAUCAUGAAGCCGUUCACCAGCAUGUUCUUACAGUCAUGGUACGAGAUCAAGAUGUCCCUGUAAAACGCAACUUUGCAAGGAUUGUCAUUAAUGUCAGUGACACAAAUGACCAUGCCCCAUGGUUCACCAGUUCUUCCUAUGAGGGGCGGGUUUAUGAGUCAGCAGCUGUGGGAUCAGUCGUUCUGCAGGUUACAGCUCUCGACAAAGACAAAGGGAAAAAUGCCGAAGUUCUCUACUCAAUUGAAUCAGGAAAUAUUGGAAAUUCUUUUAUAAUUGAUCCCAUCUUGGGCUCUAUAAAAACCGCCAAAGAAUUAGAUCGAAGUAACCAAGUGGAAUAUGAUUUAAUGGUGAAAGCUACAGAUAAAGGCAAUCCACCAAUGAGUGAAAUGACUUCUGUGCAUAUCUUUGUCACAAUUGCGGACAAUGCUGCCCCUAAGUUUACAUCCAAAGAAUACUCUGUUGAAAUUAGUGAAAUUACCAGCAUUGGGAGUUUUGUUGGAAUGGUUACAGCCCAUAGUCAGUCAUCAGUGAUCUAUGAAAUAAAAGAUGGAAAUAUCGGUGAUGCUUUUGAUAUUAAUCCACAUUCUGGAAGUAUCAUCACUCAGAAAUCCCUGGAUUUUGAAACUUUGCCCAUUUAUACAUUGACAGUCCAAGGAACCAACAUGGCUGGUUUGUCCACUAAUACAACUGUUUUAGUGCAUCUGCAGGACGAGAAUGACAACUCGCCAGUUUUUAUGCAGGCAGAAUAUUCAGGACUCAUCAGCGAAUCAGCUUCAAUCAACAGUGUAGUCCUGACAGACAGGAAUAUCCCACUAGUGAUCCAAGCAACUGAUGCUGAUAAAGAAUCAAAUGCUUUGCUUGUUUAUCACAUUGUUGAACCAUCUGUGCACAAAUAUUUUGCUGUCGAUUCUAGCACUGGGGCUAUUCAUACAGUACAAAGUCUGGACUAUGAAGAAACAAGUGUUUUUCACUUUACUGUACAAGUGCAUGACAUGGGGACACCACGUUUAUUUGCUGAAUAUGCAGCUAAUGUCACCAUACAUGUAAUUGACAUUAAUGACUGCCCUCCCGUGUUCUCCAAAUCAUUAUAUGAAGCAUCUCUUCUGUUGCCAACAUACAGAGGAGUAAAAGUCACCACAGUAAAUGCUACAGAUGCUGAUUCCAGUGCAUUCUCACAGUUGAUAUACUCCAUCACCGAAGGCAACAUUGGGGAGAAGUUUCUGAUGGACUACAAGACUGGCACCAUAACUGUGCAAAACACAACUCAGUUAAGAAGCCGCUAUGAAUUAACCAUUCGAGCUUCUGAUGGCAGGUUUGUCAGCUUUACCUCUGUGAAAAUUAACGUCAAAGAAAGCAAAGAAAGCCAACUAAAGUUUACCCAGGACUUCUACUCAGCAGUAGUGAAAGAGAAUUCCACAGAAGCUAAGACAUUAGCUGUCAUUACUGCUAUUGGGAAUCCAAUCAAUGAGCCUCUGUUUUAUCACAUCCUCAACCCAGACCGCAGAUUUAAAAUCAGCCGCACUUCAGGAGUGCUGUCAACCACUGGUAUACCCUUUGAUCGUGAACAGCAGGAGGCAUUUGAUGUCGUUGUAGAAGUGACAGAAGAACAUAAGCCUUCAGCAGUGGCCCAUGUUGUCGUGAAAGUCACCGUAGAAGACCAAAAUGACAAUGCACCAGUGUUUGUCAACCUUCCCUAUUAUGCUGUAGUUAAAGUGGACACUGAGGUGGGCCAUGUUAUCCGCUAUGUUACUGCUGUAGACAGAGAUAGUGGCAGAAAUGGGGAAGUACACUACUACCUUAAGGAACAUCAUGAUCACUUUCAAAUUGGACCCUCAGGUGAAAUUUCAUUGAAGAAACAAUUUGAACUUGACACCUUAAAUAAAGAAUAUCUUGUCACAGUGGUUGCAAAAGAUGGAGGAAACCCAGCUUUCUCAGCUGAAGUUAUAGUCCCAAUCACUGUUAUGAAUAAAGCCAUGCCUGUGUUUGAAAAACCUUUCUAUAGUGCAGAGAUUCCAGAAAAUAUCCAGAUGCAUAGCCCGGUUGUCCACAUACAAGCCAACAGUCCAGAAGGCUUAAAAGUGUUCUAUAGCAUCACAGAUGGAGAUCCUUUCAGCCAAUUUACUAUUAACUUCAAUACUGGAGUUAUAAAUGUCAUAGCUCCUCUGGAUUUUGAGUCCCACCCAGCAUAUAAAUUGAGCAUACGAGCAACUGACUCUCUGACUGGUGCUCAUGCUGAAGUGUUUGUUGACAUAAUAGUAGAAGACAUCAAUGAUAACUCUCCUGUGUUUGUUCAGCAGUCUUAUGCUGCAACUCUUUCUGAGGCAUCUGUAAUUGGAACAUCUGUCGUUCAAGUUAGAGCAACAGAUUCUGACUCAGAACCAAAUAGAGGAAUUUCAUACCAGAUGUUUGGAAAUCACAGCAAAAGUCACGAUCAUUUUCACAUAGAUAGCAGCACUGGUCUCAUCUCACUAAUCAGAACUUUAGAUUAUGAACAGUUCCACCAGCACAAGAUUUUUGUAAGGGCUGUUGACAGUGGAAUGCCCCAACUGAGCAGUGAUGUGAUUGUCACGGUGGAUGUCACUGACCUCAAUGAUAAUCCUCCACUCUUUGACCAACAAAUUUAUGAAGCCAAAAUUAGUGAGCAUGCUACUCAUGGGCAUUUUGUGAUGAGUGUGAAAGCCUUUGAUGCAGACAGUUCUGACAUAGACAAGUUAGAAUAUUCCAUUCUGUCUGGCAAUGAUCAUAAAAAUUUUGUCAUUGACAGUAAAACAGGGAUUAUAACACUCUCAAACCCGCGCCGGCACACCUUGAAGCCAUUUUACAGUCUUAACAUUUCUGUUUCUGAUGGUGUUUUUAGAAGUUCAGCUCAGGUUCAUAUAACUGUAAUUGGAGGCAAUUUGCACAGUCCUGUUUUUCUUCAGAAUGAAUAUGAAGUGGAACUAGCUGAAAAUGCUCCUUUACAUACACUGGUGAUUGAGGUUAAAGCAACUGAUAGGGAUUCUGGUAUUUAUGGUCUCAUUACUUACCACAUUGUAAAUGACUUUGCCAAAGACAGAUUUUACACAAAUGAGAGAGGACAGAUAUUUACUUUGGAAAAACUUGAUAGAGAGACCCCAGCAGAGAAAGUAAUCUCAGUUCGUUUAAUGGCGAAGGAUGCUGGAGGAAAAGUUGCUUUCUGCACAAUUAAUGUUAUCCUUACAGAUGACAAUGAUAAUGCACCACAAUUUCGAGCAACCAAGUAUGAAGUGAACAUCGGAUCCAAUGCUGCCAAAGGAACAUCAGUCCUUAAAGUUUUUGCAAGUGAUGCCGAUGAGGGAUCCAAUGCUGAUGUCACCUAUGCCAUUGAAGCAGAUUCUGAAAGUGUUAAGGAGAAUUUGGAAAUUAACAAACUGUCCGGCGUAAUUACCACAAAGGAAAGCUUAAUUGGCUUAGAAAAUGAAUUCUUCACUUUCUUUGUUAGAGCUGUGGAUAACGGGUCUCCACCAAAAGACUCUGUUGUUCCUGUCUAUGUUAAAAUACUUCCACCAGAAACACAGCUUCCAAAAUUCUCAGAACCAUUUUAUACCUAUACAGUUUCAGAAGACAUGCCUAUUGGAACAGAAAUAGAUCUCAUCCAGGCAGAACAUAGUGGCACUGUUCUUUACAGCCUAAUCAAAGGGAAUACUCCUGAAAGUAAUAGAGAUGAGUUCUUUGUGAUUGACAGGCAAAGCGGGAGACUAAAAUUGGAGAAGAGUCUUGAUCAUGAGACAACUAAGUGGUAUCAGUUUUCCAUACUUGCCAGGUGCACUCGUGAUAACUAUGAACUGGUGGCUUCAGUGGAUGUUAGUAUUCAAGUGAAAGAUACAAAUGAUAACAGCCCAGUCUUGGAGUCCAGUCCAUAUGAGGCAUUUAUUGUCGAAAACCUGCCAGGGGGAAGUAGAGUCAUCCAGAUUAGAGCAUCUGACCUAGAUUCAGGAACCAAUGGUCAAGUUAUGUACAGUCUCGAUCAGUCACAAAGUGUAGACAUCAUCGAAUCUUUUGCCAUUAAUAUGGAAACAGGCUGGAUUACGACUCUGAAGGAACUGGACCAUGAGCAGAGAGACAAUUACCAGAUUAAAGUGGUUGCAUCGGAUUAUGGUGAAAAGGUUCAGCUGUCCUCCACAGCCAUUGUGGAUGUUACUGUCACAGACGUCAAUGACAGUCCGCCCCGCUUCACAGCAGAGAUUUAUAAGGGGACUGUGAGUGAAGACGAUCCCCCAGGCGGCGUAAUUGCCAUCUUAAGCACCACAGAUGCUGACUCUGAGGAGAUUAACAGACAAGUUACAUAUUUCAUCACAGGAGGGGAUGCUUUGGGACAGUUUGCUGUUGAAAAUAUACAGAAUGAGUGGAAGGUCUAUGUGAAGAAACCACUAGAUAGAGAAAAAAAGGACAAUUAUCUUCUGACUAUCACAGCAACUGAUGGGACCUUCUCAUCAAAAGCUAUAGUUGAAGUGAAAGUUCUUGAUGCAAAUGACAACAGUCCAGUGUGUGAAAAGACUCUUUAUUCAGACACCAUUCCUGAGGAUACUCUUCCUGGGAAAUUGAUCAUGCAGGUCUCUGCUACAGAUGCAGAUAUCCGUUCCAACGCUGAAAUUACUUACACAUUGUUUGGUUCAGGGGCAGAAAAAUUCAAACUAAAUCCAGACACAGGUGAACUGAAAACAUUAGCCCCCCUUGAUCGGGAGGAGCAAGCAGUUUAUAAUCUUCUAGUCAAGGCCACAGAUGGAGGUGGAAGAUUCUGUCAAUCCAGUGUUGUGCUCACAUUAGAAGACGUGAAUGAUAACGCCCCUGAAUUCACUGCUGAUCCUUACACCAUCACUGUGUUUGAAAACACAGAACCUGGAACGCUGUUGACCAGAGUGCAGGCCACAGAUGCAGAUGCAGGAUUGAAUCGAAAGAUUUCCUACUCACUAAUUGACUCUGCUGAUGGGCAGUUCUCCAUUAAUGAAUUAUCUGGAAUUAUUCAAUUAGAAAAGCCUUUGGAUAGAGAACUACAGGCAGUAUAUACCCUUACUUUAAAAGCUGUAGACCAAGGUUUGCCAAGGAGGUUGACAGCUACUGGCACCGUUGUUGUAUCAGUUUUAGAUAUAAAUGAUAAUCCACCUGUGUUUGAAUAUCGUGAAUAUGGUGCCACAGUGUCUGAGGAUAUUCUAAUUGGAACAGAAGUUCUUCAAGUUUAUGCAGCAAGUCGGGAUAUUGAAGCAAAUGCAGAAAUCACCUACUCAAUAAUAAGUGGAAAUGAACAUGGAAAAUUCAGCAUAGAUUCUAAAACAGGAGCCAUUUUUAUCAUUGAGAACCUGGAUUAUGAAAGUUCCCAUGAGUAUUACCUGACUGUAGAAGCCACUGAUGGAGGCACUCCUUCCUUAAGUGACAUGGCCACUGUAAACAUUAAUGUGACAGAUAUCAAUGACAACACACCCAUGUUCAGCCAAGAUACCUAUACCACAGUCAUCAGUGAAGAUGCUGUUCUUGAGCAGUCUGUCAUCACUGUUAUGGCUGAUGAUGCUGAUGGACCUUCCAACAGCCACAUCCACUACUCAAUUAUAGAAGGCAAUCAAGGAAGUCCAUUUACAAUUGACCCUGUUAAGGGAGAAGUAAAAGUGACUAAACUUCUAGACCGAGAAACAAUUUCAGGGUACACGCUUACAGUUCAAGCUUCCGAUAAUGGCAGUCCACCCAGAGUCAACACCACGACUGUGAACAUUGAUGUGUCUGAUGUCAAUGACAAUGCUCCAGUCUUCUCCAAGGGGAACUACAGUGUGAUCAUCCAGGAAAAUAAGCCAGUGGGUUUCAGUGUCCUCCAGCUAGUAGUGACAGACAAGGAUUCCUCUCACAAUGGUCCGCCCUUCUACUUUACUAUUGUGAGUGGAAAUGAAGACAAAGCAUUUGAAGUGAACCAGCAAGGAAUCCUCCUGACUGCAACUGCCAUAAAGAGGAAAGUGAGGGACCAUUACUUCCUGCAUGUGAAGGUGGCAGAUAAUGGAAAACCUCAGUUGUCAUCUUUGACAUAUAUUGACAUUAGGGUUAUUGAGGAGAGCAUCCAUCCUCCUGCAAUUCUGCCAUUAGAGAUUUUCAUUACUGCAUUUGGAGAAGAAUACUCCGGUGGUGUCAUUGGAAAAAUCCAUGCAACAGACCAAGAUGUGUAUGACACUUUAACCUAUAGUCUUGACCCCCAAAUGGACAACCUGUUCUCUGUUUCCAGCACAGGGGGUAAGCUGAUCGCACACAAAAAGCUGGAUAUAGGGCAGUACCUUCUAAAUGUCAGCGUAACUGAUGGAAAAUUUACCACGGUGGCUGACAUCACAGUGUACAUCAGACAAAUAACACAAGACAUGUUGAACCACACCAUUGCUAUUCGCUUUGCCAAUCUCACUCCAGAAGAAUUCGUUGGUGACUACUGGCGCAACUUCCAGCGAGCUUUACGAAACAUCCUGGGUGUGAAGAGGAACGACAUACAGAUUGUUAGUUUGCAGCCCUCUGAACCUCAUCCACAUCUGGACGUCUUACUUUUUGUAGAGAAAUCAGGUAGUGCCCAGCUUUCAACGAAACAACUUCUGCAUAAGAUUAAUUCUUCUGUGACUGAUAUUGAGGAAAUCAUUGGUGUUAGGAUAUUGGAUGUAUUCCAGAAGCUCUGUGCAGGACUGGAUUGCCCUUGGAAAUUCUGUGAUGAAAAGGUGUCCAUGGAUGAAAAUGUUAUGUCAACGCAUAGCACGGCCAGACUGAGCUUUGUGACCCCUCGCCACCAUAGAACAGCAGUGUGUCUCUGCCAAGGAAAGUGCCCACCUAUCCACCAUGGGUGUGAAGACAACUCCUGCCCUGCAGGAUCUGAAUGUAUUGCUGACCCAAGAGAGGAGAAGUACACCUGCGUCUGUCCUGGGGGCAGGUUUGGUCAGUGCCCAGGAAGUUCAUCUAUAACAUUUACUGGAAACAGCUUUGUGAAAUACCGUCUAAUGGAAAAUGAAAACAAAUUAGAGAUGAAAUUGACAAUGAGGCUCAGGACCUACUCUACUCAUGCAGUUGUAAUGUAUGCUCGAGGAACUGACUAUAGUAUCUUGGAGAUUCAUAAUGGAAGACUGCAAUAUAAAUUUGACUGUGGAAGUGGCCCUGGAAUUGUCUCUGUUCAAAGCAUUCAAGUCAAUGAUGGACAGUGGCAUGCAGUAUCUCUUGAAGUAAAUGGAAACUAUGCUAGAUUGGUUCUAGACCAAGUUCAUACUGCAUCGGGCACAGCCCCAGGAACUCUGAAAACUCUGAAUCUAGAUAACUAUGUGUUUUUUGGUGGCCACAUCCGGCAGCAAGGAACAAGGAAUGGAAGAAGCCCCCAAGUUGGUAAUGGUUUCAGGGGCUGUAUGGACUCCAUUUAUUUGAAUGGGCAGGAAUUACCUUUAAAUAGCAAACCAAGAAGCUAUGCACACAUCGAAGAGUCAGUGGACAUAUCUCCUGGGUGCUUAUUAACAGCUACAGAAGACUGCUCAAGUAACCCUUGUCAGAAUGGAGGCAUUUGCAAUCCAUCACCUACUGGAGGUUAUUACUGCAAAUGCAGUGCCUUAUACAUAGGAACUUACUGUGAGGUGAGCGUCAACCCAUGUUCCUCCAACCCCUGCCUCUACGGUGGUACUUGCAUCGUAGACAAUGGAGACUUCGUUUGCCAGUGCAGAGGACUAUACACUGGUCAGAGAUGCCAGCUUAGUCCUUACUGCAAAGAUGAACCCUGUAAAAAUGGUGGGACAUGUUUUGACAGUUUGGAUGGUGCUGUUUGUCAGUGUGAUUCAGGUUUUAAGGGAGAAAGGUGUCAGAGUGACAUUGAUGAAUGUGCUGGAAACCCCUGUCGUAAUGGGGCCCUCUGUGAGAACACACACGGCUCCUAUCACUGCAACUGCAGCCAGGAAUACAGAGGAAAACACUGUGAGGAUGCUGCUCCCAAUCAAUACGUGUCCACUCCAUGGAACAUCGGAUUGGCCGAAGGCAUAGGAAUUGUGGUUUUCUUAGCAGGGACAUUUUUACUUGUGGUGGUGUUUGUCCUCUGCCGAAAAAUGAUUAGUCGAAAGAAGAAACACCAGGCUGAACCAGAAGACAAACACCUGGGACCAACCACAGCUUUCUUGCAAAGACCAUAUUUUGAUUCAAAGCUAAAUAAGAACAUUUACUCAGACAUACCACCCCAGGUGCCUGUCCGUCCUAUCUCCUACACUCCGAGCAUUCCAAGUGACUCUAGAAAUAAUCUUGACAGAAAUUCUUUUGAAGGAUCUGCUAUACCAGAGCAUCCCGAAUUCAGUACUUUUAAUCCUGAGUCUAUGCACGGACACCGGAAAGCAGUGGCUGUCUGCAGCGUAGCACCAAACUUGCCUCCCCCACCUCCCUCAAACUCUCCUUCUGACAGUGACUCAAUACAGAAGCCUAACUGGGACUUUGACUAUGACGCUAAAGUGGUGGAUCUCGAUCCCUGUCUUUCCAAGAAGCCUCUAGAAGAAAAGCCUUCUCAGCCCUACAGUGCCCGGGAGAGCCUGUCUGAAGUGCAGUCUCUUAGCUCCUUCCAGUCUGAAUCAUGUGACGACAAUGCUUCCAUAGUGACCGUAAUACACCUUGUCAAUGCUGUAGUUGACACGGUGACUAAAGAAGAAUCUUUGGCUGCUCCUGACCUCAGCAAAUCAAGAGGGUACCACUGGGAUACAUCAGAUUGGAUGCCAAGUGUUCCUCUGCCAGAUAUUCAAGAGUUCCCCAAUUACGAGGUUAUUGAUGAGCAUACACCCCUGUACUCAGCAGAUCCAAAUGCCAUCGAUACAGACUAUUAUCCUGGAGGUUACGACAUUGAAAGUGAUUUUCCACCACCUCCGGAAGACUUCCCUGCACCUGAUGAAUUACCACCAUUGCCUCCAGAAUUCAGCGAUCAGUUUGAAUCUAUACACCCACCUAGAGACAUGCCUGCUGCAGGUAGCUUGGGGUCUUCGUCCAGAAAUCGGCAGAGGUUCAACUUGAACCAGUACCUGCCCAAUUUCUAUCCUGUCGAUAUGUCUGAACCUCAAAACAAAGGCACUGGUGAGAAUAGUACUUGUAGAGAACCCUAUGCCCCUUACCCUCCAGGGUAUCAAAGAAACUUUGACUCCUCCACUGUAGAAAACAUGCCCAUGUCUGUGUACACUUCCACAGCUUCCUGCUCCGAUGUGUCGGCGUGCUGUGAAGUAGAGUCUGAGGUCAUGAUGAGUGACUAUGAGAGUGGAGAUGACGGCCACUUUGAAGAGGUGACAAUUCCUCCACUGGAUUCUCAACAACAUACAGAAGUCUGACACUCAAACUCCCCCCUAAAGUGCCUGGACUUUAUCGAACCUAGAGAUUAUAUCAAUAAUCUGCAUUGUUCUUUGCAGCAGUGCUUAAGCGCUUUUUUUCGGUGAGCUAAAAUGGGCAUGGCUGCACUGAAUCAUGCGCUUCUUGACGUUAGCCAUUUCCAGUGUCCUAACCCACUGUAAUUGGAUGAGAUUUCAUUGGCUGUGCCAUUUCUGAACAUCUUUUUGUAUUUACAUUGUCUGUUAAAAUAAUGAAGCGAAAAUAAGUCCUACCAUCUUGUUAGCAUGGUUCGUGUAUUUAUAUAGAUUUGAUUAUUUUAAUUUUCCUUUCUCUUUUUUUGUAAAUUUUAUGUACAGAUUUGAUUUUUUCAUAGUUUUAACUAGACUUUGGAGACACUUUGUGCAUUUGUUUUCAGCUGAAUUUUGGUGGUAUUAAGUGUCAUUACCUAGCACCCUGAUUCUUUACUAUAACCAGGGUUUCACUAUAUGUUCUUUUCCACUGAAGUAUGACAUUUCAUUAACACAUUUCAAUAUAGUCAUUUAUUUCUAGCUGUACAUAUAGGAUGAGGGAAAAUCUGAUACAUGGACAUGUCUUAAAUGGGUUGCUGUAUUUUAGAAUUAUAAACAUUUUUCAUUAUUGGAAAGUGUAAUGGGGACCUUCUGCAGACCUGUUUAGGACCAAAACCACCAUGACACAGUUUUUAUAGUGUCUGUAUAUUUGUGAUGCAAUGGUCUUGUAAAGGUUUUUACUGAAAACUACCAUUAGCCAGUCUUUCUUACUGACAAUAAAUUAUUAAUAAAAUACUUUAGCUUUA